GCCGAAUCCGGAAUGCGUUGACCGUGCGGCGGCGGCGGCCGGCUAUCGAUCUCCGUGGGGGCGCCCAAAUCGCGCACGCUGCCGCUCGGCACAGUCGUCAGUGCCGUUCGACUCUGCCGAGAACAACAUGCCCACGAGCUAGCCAGUUAUGGAAAUUGAGUCAGACUGCGAGGAAAAGUCGGUUCUUUCUGACCAGUUGUCCGAAAAGACCCGGGUGGGCGAGAGGAUGAUCAGCAUGAGCUCCACCCUCGUCGAAACGGUCUCCAUCAACUACGAAGACUUCAACGAAAGCUUCCUUACCUGCAGCACUUGUCUCUGCGUGUACGACGGGAGCGCGCACACACCCAAGCUGCUGCCCUGCUCGCACACGGUUUGCCUUGAAUGCCUUUCGCACAUCGCCAGCUCGCAGACUCGAGACACCGGCUCGUUCCGCUGCCCCAUUUGCCGCGAGCUGAUCACCAUCCCGCGCGGAGGGGUGGCCGCCCUGCCACCCUCCUUCCUCGUCAACCAGCUGCUCGACCUCAUGUCCCGACAGCGCCGAGAGGUCAUCCCCAAGUGCUCUGUCCACAUCAACCAGGAGUUGCUGUUCUGCGAGACAUGUGACACCGUGUUUUGCUCCUUGUGCACCGGGGGCAGCCACAGCACCGGCGGAUCGAGUUGCGAGCACACCAUCAUUCCCUUCUCCAUUGCCAUCAAGCGAAUGUCUGAGAUCUUGCUCUACAAGGCCAACGACUGCAUCUCCAAGUUGGGCCAGGCCCACGAUGCGGUGUCGGACGAGCUGAAGCGGUUGGACGAGGCGACGGAGGCGUGUUUGUCCCAAGUUUCGCGCACCUUCGAAGAAAUCACCGCUCUGGCCGAGAAGCGGCGUCUGGCCCUGUCGAAUGCCGUGAAGGAGGCGCGCGACAAGAAGAAGCAAGUGCUGGAGGAGCAGCUCAAGCUGAUCGCCGCCGAGAAGGCCAAAGUGGACGGCGAGUGCGACGGACUGCAGUAUCAGGUGGAGGUCAGAAACAUUACCCAGAAGAUUUCUAGUCUGACGGAGAAACUGGAUAGCGUGGCCACGCUCGCCGAGCCCAGGGAGAACUCGUUUCUCACCUGCGACUUCCAAAGCGGCCAAUCGGGCGCCGUCGAAGUCGUCAAGAAGGCACUCGACACCUUUGGAAAGGUGCGGACGAGCACAACCUUUCCGAGCCUCUGCUCGGCAGAGGUGGACACAGUGGCGUCGAGCGGCGACGUGGUGGCCAAGCUCAAGUGCAGCGCCACCCUCAGCACGGUCGACUACCACGGCAAGGCGCGCACGUCCGGUGGCGACCCUGUCAGCGCCGAGCUGCGCACCAGUUCGGGACAGCUGCUUGAGACGGAAAUCCAGGACUUGGACGACGGCACCUACAAGGUCUGGUUCAGACCGCCAGCCGCCGGCACUUACACGCUCAAUUUGAGCGUCUUCCAGAGGCCCAUCAAGGACAAGAAUAUAAAUUUCGAGGUGACGGAGCACAACAGUCCGCGUGGCGAGCACGGCUGCAGAGGAUCGGGCAAGGGCGAGUUCCUGCAGCCGGUUUCGGUCACAGUCAACUCGGAGGCUGGCUUCGUUUACGUGCUGGACACAGGCAACUCACGGAUUAAAGUUCUCUCUCUGGACCUCGAGUUCAUCAGGCACAUUGAAAAUGACGGCCUCAAGGGCCGCAGCUGCACUGGCAUCGCCCUGACGCGGCAGGGACUGAUCGUGGUCAACUGGCGCACAAAAAGCGUGACGGAAAUCGAUCCAGAAACGGGCGACACCAUCUCCUCUUUCUCUCACAACGCCUUCCAGGAGCCAGUGGACAUCGCGGUGAUGCCCAAGAGCGGCAAGAUCCUCGUCGCCGACAACAGCGCCAGCUGCGUCUUCGUGUUCGACGGACAAGGCCGGCCAUUGCUGCAGGUCGGCAAAAAGGGAAGUCAAAGGGGCCAGUUCAAUUUAAUCUCGUCUGUAGCAGCAUCUCCAAAUGAUGACAUCCUAGUGGCUGACAGUCGCAUUCAAAUUUUUUCUUCGGAAGGAGACUUCAAGAGAGAAAUUUUCGCUGAAGGAAAAGGUCGUGGUAGGUACGGCGGUCUGACGAUGGACAGCGAGAACCGGAUAAUCGCGACGCGCUCCGAGAAGUGCAGGCACUACAUCCAAGUGCUGAGCUCCGAGGAGGAUAAGGUGCUGUCGACCGUCGACUCUCACGACUCAAAGCUCAAAAGACCAAGUGGGGUGGCCGUGAUGCCCGAGCACCACAUCGUGGUCGUCGACCUGGGCAACGACUGUGUCAAAAAGUACCAGUACUGGUAGACAGCACGCCAUUUUGCCAUUAUUGCGAUAGAGAGAGAGAGAGAGAGAAUGGAAGAAGCAACAACACCUCUCGGAAGGACUGUAAAUUUCACUCUGUGCGCAGAACAAAUUAUCGAGAGUGGACUGAAGAGGAUUAUUAUUUAUAAUAUAAUUGUGUAUAUGACAAGGAUUUUGAAUGUCAUAUCAGCUGUGCUAGUCUCUUGUGUACAUACAUCUAACGUAGUAGUCACUGAUCUCUUUAUUUAAUUCAGUUUUAUUUAUCUCUCACUCCUUUUGUUACUAUGCCAAAGCAAAAAAAGAAAGAAAAAGAAAAGAAUCAAUCUGCUCUGUCUCCUUUUCCAUUUGUAAGCAUUUUUGUAAUGAGUGUAAAUAAAUGUUUACAAACAUCUGAAGAAA